CUAAAUGGAUUUCACCUAAGAAAUACGUACGUGUUCCAAUGUGGGAAAAGAAGAAAAUCUGAGAGUGUAACUCAUUAUGUCGAACACCACGUCCUUCAUCGCUUGGAUUUCUAUUUUUAAAGUAGUUUGCAGUUUGUGUUUUCCUGCAGAAAACAACAUUGUGAUAAACAAUUCAUCUUCUUCACUGAUAGUUGUUCCAAGCAACUUACGAAAACAGACUGAAAUACUGGAUUUAUCACAAAACAACAUCAGUAAGAUCCAUAUCCAGGACUUUGCUUCUCUUCAAUGGUUGAGAAGUUUAAACCUGUCCAUCAAUAGGAUCAGCAAUGUAGCAAAUGCAUCCUUCAGGUUUAAUCGAAAGCUGGAGUGUUUAGACCUUUCCAGGAAUGAACUUUCAAACAUUGAAUGCCAUUUUUUGAAUAAUAUUACAUCUCUCAAAUAUUUCGAUAUUUCUUCUAAUCGUUUUCUGAGCCUAACACUUGGGAAAGCAUUUGGGUUCUUGAAAAAUCUGGAAUAUUUAGGGCUAGGCAGUAGGGAAGCAAUAAAGUUACAAAAAAAUGAUCUGAAAGAAAUAUCAAGGAACCAGUUGCAAGAGGUUUCAAUUGGAUUAAAAUAUUUAUCAGAAUAUGAAUUGGGUACUUUACUGGUUUUGAGAACAACAAAACUCCACAUAGUUUUGCCAUCUGCUGGCACAUCGGCUUUACUUAACAAAGUGUUGCAUGAUGCCUUCACAUCUUCUGAUACUUUGAAAUUAUCAAACAUUGAUUGCUCACAAACAUGCGACAAUUAUAUAAAUGUCUUUAAAGCACUAGGAAAUGUAAGGAUUAGCACGUUGUUGUUGGAAGAUCUAACACUGUCAUGGCUACAAUUCACCAGCAUAAUUGUGCCUAUUUGGGAUACAAGGAUUAAAAAUCUAAGCAUUAUAAAUGCAACAUUGAAUAGUAUAAGAUCUUCUGUAAUUCAGCACUCAAAGAGAGUACUGGAAACACUGAUUUUCAGAAGAAUUGGAAGCUCUGUAUUCUACUACAACCCAUCAGUUUAUUAUGACUUCUUUAUCAAAUUAAAGGUUGUAAAUCUUACCAUUUCUAAUUCAGGCAAUAAAUUCAUUGCUUGUCCAGAGCAAGGAAAUCAUUUUAAGUUCAUAGACCUUACAGAUAAUUCAAUUACCAGUGAUUUUUUUUUUCAAGAUUGCAAAACCCUGAAUUUGUUGGAGACUCUUAUUUUGCAGCAGAACGAGUUGCAUCAAUUUUACAAAUUGAGUACCAUGACGCGAUAUAUGACAUCGCUUAAACAUUUGGAUGCGAGUCAAAACCAACUUACUCUUGAUGCGAAGACAAAUUGUCUUUGGACUAACAGCUUGAAAAAACUGAACCUGUCUUCAAACAGACUGACAGAUUUGAUUUUUACAUGUUUACCCAGUAACCUCGAAGUCCUUGAUGUGGAGAAAAAUAAUAUUUAUAUUGUGCCCCAAGGGGUAAACAACCUGGAAAUGCUGAGGGAAUUAUACCUUGGCUCUAAUAAACUGGUUAGACUUCCUGAAUGCAGCAACUUUAGAAAUCUUGAGAUUUUGUACGUCGAAGGAAAUUCAUAUCAAGAACCUUCCAGUAAUUUCCUUCAAAAUUGUUCAAGGCUGACAAAACUAAAUGCUGCCUCAAACCCAUUUGCAUGCACCUGUCAUCUAAGAGAUUUCAGCCGGAUUAAGGAAAAUACCCAAGUAGAGUUGGUGGGUUGGCCGGAGUCAUAUCAGUGCUUCUACCCAGUGAAUCUCAGAGGAACUCUGUUGAAAGAUUUUUAUUUAUCAGAAGUGAUGUGCAACCCAGUUCUCUUAUUGCUGAUUAUACUGAGUAGCAUUACUGUAUUAGCAGUUGUAAUGGGAUUGACAUGUCAUUUUUUGGAUUUGCCUUGGUAUUUGAGGAUGAUUUAUCAAUGGACGCAGGUGAAACGAAGGGUGAUGAAGACUGACCUCCAGCAAUUACAUGAAAAUUGUGUCUAUCAUGCUUUUGUGUCCUAUAGUGAGCAGGAUUCUGGGUGGGUUAAAGAACACCUAUUGCCAAACCUGGAAGAGAGAGAAAACCCAUUUCGGAUCUGUCUCCAUGAAAGACAUUUUAUUCCCGGCAAAGGCAUUAUUCAAAAUAUAAUCAGUUGUAUAGAGAAGAGUUACAAGUCAAUAUUUAUUUUAUCACCCAACUUUGUUCAGAGCGAAUGGUGUCAUUAUGAACUUUAUUUUGCCCAGCACCGGGUACUAAGUGAACAGUCUAACAACUUGAUAUUGAUUGUUUUAGAACCAAUCCCUCAAUACAUGAUUCCAUCCAAAUAUUAUAAACUAAAAUCACUUAUGGCAAAGAUGACAUACUUAGAAUGGCCUGUGGACAAAAGCAAACAGAGACUAUUCUGGGCCAAUUUACAGGCAGCAAUAGGAACAAAAAUAACUGCUGAAACUGAGCAAACGUUACUGUAA